AUGGCCCCAUCAGCAAGCACAAAUCCAUUAACUCAUCGCCUGCUGAGUAUCCAACGCACGCCGGCCCGACCCGAGAUGGUCUUUAGGACAGUUGGCAGCAUCCUCGGCACGCCUCUGCCCUCCCAACCAGAAUUAGAAUACCUCGACAUCGUCUCUCCGCAGCAGUGCAACGCAGAUACACGCGCGGCAAUAGAGCACCUACUCCUAAACUGCAUGCCACAAUCGAGAUGGGUCUCCGUCCCGACCGGAAAGCUGCAGAAACCCGGUCGAACCAACUCCUAUCGAAGGGCAUGGACAAGGGUCCGAAAGCGAGAAAUCGGCUGUGAUGAGAAUAUUCUGAUCAUGGUAGAGCGAGAGAUGUUGGGCUCGGUUGAUGUUGCGUCGGAAAGGCCCUUCUCGGAAUUGGAAGUGGAGGAGAGCCUGCGCCGGACGGCGGGGACACCGUGGUGGAUGAGAUCCCAGACUCCGAGGCAGACGGUGUGGAAAACGUCCUUCAGUCAGAGAUGA